CAGCAGCAGCAUUGACAACAACUGUAUAACCAAAUGACAGCAGUAGGGAAAUGAAAAAUGAACGAAUUACCACCAACAAAACCUCCGCGCGGAGUUAAAUAUGGAAAAGAUGAGUCCGGCUGUGGUUUUCUCGUCAAUGUCAUCAAAUCACUGGGAUUUAGUGAGACAACAGAGGAGCGACAACAGGAGAAACUUAAGAUUGAGAAGGAGUUCAAACGAUCCGAUCAACGCCUAAAUGAAUUGGUAUCGCGUCAUGAUCAACAGUUGACACAAGUUCUGCCGCUUUUCAGCCAAGUGUCUACAGAAAUAACAGCGAGUCGAGAACGCAUUCAUGGUGUAAAGGAGAAUCUGGGUGCUUGCAAACACUUGCUACAAUGCCGACGUGAUGAGUUAAAGAAGAUGUGGACAGAUGCGGUGCAGCAUAAAUACGUGCUGGAAAUGUUAGAACAAAUCAACGAAUUGCGUAAAGUGCCUCAAUGUGUUGUCAGUUAUACGACAAAGCGGCAAUAUUUGCAUGCGAGUAAGGCUCUUACCGAUGCACUCGCAACGAUACAAGGGCCGCUUAACGGCGUUGAAGGAUUGGCCGACUUACGUGUUGAUUUACAAUCCCGUCGGCAACAACUCUAUCAACGAUUACACGAAGAACUUGUUACACAAUUGUAUAAAAAUUCCGCCGCAGAGGCUUUCACCACUUUUCAACGUAAUAAUUCGAAUCGCCUGAAUUCAAGCUUUACACGUGGUAUUGGAGCGCGACGCUCCACAGAUCGCAUCGAAGCGAAUACGCGUAUACGCAAAGCGCUUAUGGAAAUGGCCCAAGGCUUUGAUAUUGAUAAGUCUGAAGUAAUUGAUGACGCAGACUUAGUUGAUCCAGAGUUGAGUAUGACUUACUUUAUUUCAAUUAUUGUUGAAUGUUUCGGCAUGCUGGGCAAAGUGCCUGAAUCGCUAGAAGUAUUACGCGUCCAAAUACAAACUCAACUAUUAGAGGUAGUACGACAGACAACGUAUCAAUUAAUUGCGCUCAACUGUAAUGCCAAUGAGCGCGAUAAUCCCUUAUUAACACUGCUAGAAGUUAUCUUUAAACAAUUCAAAGUUAUUGCAAAGACGCAUGCAUUACUAUUAAAAAAUUAUUUGGCUGUUGUACAAAAGUAUGCGGUUGUAGGGCCACAGCCAUACGAUUUGACGGAUUUUUGGGCACAAGCGCAGUCUGUGCUGCAAUUGCUUUUAACCGAUUAUUUGGAUAUACAAAAUGCUUCCGGCGAUGAUGCAGCGCAGUCGGCAUUCGCUGAGCCAUCUAACAAUAUAAAUUCGUAUUUUCUGCGUCGCAAAGUUCCAAGCACCAAAAAGUCACUCUUCAAAUUCGAUAAGUCAUCGCAUUAUCCACCACAAGUUGCUGCUGGCAGCACAGUAAAGGAACAUCGACGCAAUGCUUCUGACGUCUCUACAGAUGAUAAUCUAACAACAACGGCGCUUGGUGGGGGAGGCGGUGGCAGCGGUAGUGUAAAUGGCAGUGGAAAUUUCGCGCAUGCCAAACAACAACGAGACAAGGUGCUAAUCUGCAAAGCCGACCAGAAUGUGAUAACUAAAGUAUAUUUGCCACUUAUGAACUACAUACAAGAGAUUGAGGGCUUUAUGAAGUGCAAGCCGGGACAACCGUGCAGCUUACACGAUUUCAUCGACAAUUAUAUUAAGGAUACAUUUCUAUCGAAGGGCCAUAAUCGUAAUUUACAAUUAACCAUCGAAUCGCUAUCGAAAAAUCAGGAUGCAUGGCGUACGAUUAUAUCGCCCGAAGAGAUAAAAGCAAUGAGCUUGUCCCGUCCACUACUACAAUCCACAGCCAUGGUGGAGCGUCGUCUACAAGAGACGAAAACACUCAUACAUGAGUUGCCAUGCUAUUCGGAUGAGUUACUGAAAAUGGUAUGCGCGUUGUUGAAAACAUACCGUGAGAUUGCACAGGCGGCUUAUCGCGGUGUAGUCCAACCCGAUUCGGAGGAUAAACGCAUAUAUAGUGUAGCUUGGUUGAAGGAUGAAGAUAUAAGUCGAUUUUUAAAAACACUACCCAAUUGGACCGAUCUAAAAUCGUCCAGUCAGCGUGUAAAACAUGGCAAGAAGCUGCAACGCAACUCUUUCGAACCGUCGGAGGAAGAAAGUCCACUGCAAGUGCAACAACGCAAUGUACGUGAAGCUGAAAUGUUAACCAGCAAUUUGGGCGAAGGUGGUAUUACACAACAGGAAAUUCUAGCAGAUAUAAGUGUUUUGAAAGAAUUAGCUGUGCUGCAGGAGAGCAUAGAGUGGUUCUCUGGUCGCGUUUCGGAGUUUGCCAAUGAGCUACGUAAACCUUUAGUGAAUGGCCUUAACGUCAUAACGUCAGAAUGCACGGCCACACAUUCGGCCGCAAUCAAAGAUGGCACUAUCAAAGUAUUGACCAAUUUAGCACUCGAGUUCGAUGAACUGGCUAAUACUUGUUUGCUGGUUUUGCACUUGGAGGUGCGCGUGCAGUGCUUCCACUAUUUACGCUCGAAACCCGCUACUAAGUCAAGCAGUUUUAUGGGAGCUAAGGAUGAUGACAUACUUGAACCUGACCGACAAGUGCAAAUGCUAACUAAACGUUUAUCAGAAAUGGAUGAGGCGUUUAGCGCAACAUUACAUCCGCGUAAGACAAGGUAUAUAUUUGAGGGUUUGGCGCAUUUGGCCGCUCGCAUACUCAUACAAGCCUCAAACUAUCUGGAGCACAUCGAUCAAGCGACAGUGCAACGCAUGUGUCGUAAUUCGAUAGCAUUGCAACAAACGCUAAGCAACAUAACAGCUUCGCGCGAGAUAGCGCUGGAUCAAGCGAAGAAUUUUUAUGAAUUACUUUGCAUGGAACCAGAUGAUAUACUUACCAAUAUUGUUGAGAAAGGCUCUCAGUUUACUGAAAUGCAAUACCUCAAUGCACUACAAUUGUCUUGUAAAGCGAGGGGCAUUACAGAAGCCAACGCCUUGGCGUCUUAUCAGCAAAGAUUAUCGGACAUUUUGGGCGCAAAACCCUCCACGGGAAUUGUUGUUUAGAGCUGUUUUUACAACCAGCAAUAGGAAAAUGAGUUGCUUCAGCAGCAUUACACUAGCAAUUAAGACUGUUCGUUUCACUUAACGAAAUGCACUUAAUUAUUUAAAAAGAAUAUAAUGUUUAUAUGACCUUGCUUCUGUGUUAUUACAUAGAUCGUAAAAGGACAUUAUUAGUAGAAAAACCUGUGGCUAAAAAGCGCUAUAUACAAACGAAAAGAUUAUACAAUAGUUAAACGCAUUGAAUAUGGAUAAGUGCACGCAUUAACUCACUCGUGAUUCGCCUGCAACAGUUCGGUUAAUUAUUAGCUAUUAUUAUAUGACAUUGAUACUAUUACAAAGUCGAUAAAAUUAUAUACAUAUAUAUACAUACAAAGCAAUCUGUGUUUAUUGUUUUAAUGUCAGCGGAAUUUAAUGCUAUGACAAUAGAUGUUUGGUAAAUCGUGCCGCGGUCUGUUCGGCGUAGCGGAAAAUCUGCGGAAUGUAAGAGAUUGGCAUCCCCAAAAUAUCUUACAAAAUUAAAAGCCUUUUUCGGAAAUAAAAUAUUUAUUAUCCUUAAGUUCUGUCAAAGCCAUUAUCAUUGUGGAAUGCCUUGCCACACUUUCUACAUUUGAAAAUAAAUGUUUAAUUUUAAUAUUUUUACUCGACGGAAAGAAAUUUAAUGAAGAUUAAGAAUGAGAAUAAUAAAUUGGAACGAGAAAAACCCUAAUAAAUUAAGAAUAUUGUAAAAAUUAAAUUGAUAAUAAAAUUAGUUAUAAAUAAGAAAUAAAUACACCUAAAUUGUUUUUAGUGAUGUAUGCAACUCUGCUAGUUGCUUAACUGGGAAUUUCUGCUAUAGAAGAAGCAUAGUCGGCAGAUAUUAACUUUCUUGUUUAUUUUUUUGAUUGGUUAAAAAUAAAAUAAUUGAUUAAAAAUGCCAGCAAAUACAGAAGUAAGUAAUAAAUGUGCAUCUGAGGGAAACUCUCCUUCGAAAAUUAUCGAAGAAACAACUGAAGUAAAAAUUGACAAUGCUACCGACGAACCUGUGGAGAAACAAAUAAAAGUGGAAAUGACGGCGCCAAGUUAUAAUUUAGCGAAAUUCAAGCUGACGCGGAUUUUACAAAAUAAUACUCUCCGAAAAACGAUAGCGUUGCUGGGUACAUUUCCUGAGAUGUCUGUGGAUGAUGUUGCUGUUCUGCUGCUUGAGAAACAAGCUUUCAAAGAGCGCGAUGUUCAAACUGAGCUUGAUGAAACUUCAGAAAAUGUUCCUCGGAUAUUCAGUGAUUCUCUACAAGUGUGUAUGGAAUUCAUUAAUAAUAUUUAUGGCAGUUUCCAAUGCGUACCCAGUUCGGAAUUAAAUAAUAUUAAAACGACUGUGGUUUAUCCUGCCACUGAAAAGCAUAUUGAAAAGUAUUCCAUAUCGCAAAAAUAUCUAAUUAGUGAAACUCCAGCUUUAUAUCAGACACUGACUUUGCCUUAUUUAACUGACAGUCAUUUCAGUCUCGAUUGGGUAUAUAACAUACUAGAACAUCGUCAAGAAACCGAUCGCAUAAUUUAUGAAGAUUCUGAUCCUGAAAAGGGUUUCGUACUCGUACCCGAUUUAAAAUGGGAUGGCAAAACUUUGGAAACACUCUAUCUGCUUGCCAUUGUCCAUAAGCAUGAUAUUAAGUCUUUACGUGAUCUUGAUCAUACUCAUUUACCACUUUUACACAACUUGCGUGAUGGGAUUGCUGACGCUGUAGAGGAGCGUUACGGUUUAUGUGCUUCACAAUUGCGCAUGUAUUUUCAUUAUCAACCAUCUUUCUAUCACCUGCAUUUACAUAUAAAUCCAGUGCGUGGUGAUGCACCAGGAAUUUGGUGUGAAAAAUCGCAUAUGUUGGAUACGGUCAUUAGCAAUAUAGAAUUAAUGCCAGACUAUUACCAACGUGUCACAUUACCAUUUGUUUUGUUCGAGGGAAGUAAGCUGCUGGAUGAAUAUGAAGCGAAAGAAGCUGUACAAAAACGUGGGAAGGCAGUGGCUGACGGUAAGCAACUAGAUGAAAAAUUACAUAAUAAAAGCCGAAAGUCCAAUUCAAUUGAGUCUCCACAAGCUAAAAAAGUGAAACUUGAAAUUUCACAAGCAGAAGUAGAGGAACCGUCUAUAAAGAUGUUGAAAGAAACAAGAGACUCAGAUCAGCCACCAAAAAUUAUAGUGGUUUCAGCAGAAUAAGUUGCGAUCUCGAAUUUACUUAACAAAAAGUAAUGCGUUUGUUUACCUUCAAUUAUUUCCAAAAUAAAAGAAAUAUAUUUGGCCAAGACACAUUUUAGCUUCCGCAUAGUAUUCAUGCCAUUAUUGUCAAUGGUGCUAAGAUAGUGUGUAAUUAAAAAACUUCAUAAACAAACAAAUAUUCAAUAACCACAAAUAAAUGGAGAGUACUCAAAGUCA